AAUAACACGUCACUACAAACAAACAUUCCUAGCAGAAAAUUACUACUGAGCCUCACUCAGCCCUUGGUCCCUGCUGAAAUUAGUGGCAAAUCCUGGGUUGUGUGGGUGUGUGGAUGUGACAGAACCUUCUUCAAAGCCAGGCAGGAACAAAGCAGCCCACAGUACGGCCUUCCUGUGUGUGCCCAUCAGAUACUGCAGUCCCGCGUGUGCCUCUCAGAAGCAGGAUGAGUUCCUGGAGGCGGAGCUGUGGGACAUUCUGUGCAUUUCCUGGAGUCCCUGCGGGCACUGCAGUGGGCCAGCUUGCCCCGCCCCAUGCCCACUGUCCCCACCAGGAUCUAUCUGCCUUCUGCCCAGAUGUUCAGGAGAUAUGCACCCGGAUUGACACCUAGCUCAAAGGAGGGCUCUGCAAGGGUUUGUUGGUGCCUGCCAGAUACAAGAAAGCCUCUGGAGUCAGCAUUCCUGUUCCUGUAGAGACAGACUGUCUCCAAAUGGCCUGCAGACCAUCAGGCUCUGCUCUGUAAGCUGGAUCUCAUCUAUGGAGAGUGCCCUCACAGUCCUGCAGGUGAGCCUGUACCAUCCCACCCUGGGCCAAGUCGCCUUUGCCAAAGUCCCACCGCAGCUGCGGCACGAUACCAGUCGGCUGCUGGUGGGGCGAGGGCAGGACACCCACAUCCAGCUACAGCUGACCCAGCUGUCCCGACACCAUCUAUCCUUGGAGCCCUACCUGGAGAAAGGCAGCUCUCUGCUAGCCUUCUGCCUCAAGGUGCUGUCCCGCAAGAGCUGUGUGUGGGUCAACGGGCUGCCACUGAGGUACCUGGAGCAGGUCCCCCUCAGCAUUGUCAGCAGAAUCUCUUUCUCUGGCAUCCAGAUGGUUGUCCACAGAGAGGGGGGUGCCUCCCUUGAAGCCUUCGUCUGUUACUUCCAUUUCAGCUCCUCACCCCUGAUUUACAGACCCAAGGCCCAGGAGACUGACGAAUGGGAAAACAUUGUUAAGAAAGAGACUUCUCCUGUUUUGGGGGAGGCAACUCAUGAUCUCUUGGGGUCUCUCCCGGGCUCCUCCCAGACCCAGACAGCUGUUUCCAGCCAAGCUCUGGAGGAGCAACAGAAAUAAAGCUCCAGAGGGAGUCCCCAGACAGUGUACCCUGCCGACCCUGCUGGCUGAGAGCGAGCCUUGCUAAAACAGGGCUUGAAAUAUUUGAGCAUCAUGAGAGGUUGAACACAAAGCUGACAUUCAAGGCCCACUGGCCACCCCACUCACGGGGAACUGAUUCUGUAAACUGUGAGCAGCCCAGGGACGGAGGCGUGUCCUCCAUGGCUCUGGGUAAUGGGAACUUCAUAUUCUUCCAGAGGCCCCGAGGGUAUCUGGGGAGCCUCACCCAGCAUAACCCACCCCUGCCGCCCAUUUCCUUCCUUGUUGGGCUCGGAGUUACUUACGUUGCUCAUUCCACAUGCUGCUUAAGAGCAGACACAUGGCUAGCGUUGCAUCGGGGAUGCAAGGGUAGAGAAGUCACCUUUGUGGUAGCUCAGGGUCACCUUCAGCUUUCAAAUGCCCACAGGCACCCGGGACUUAGGAAAGCCUGUGUUUAAUAAGCAGGAAGUAUUUCAUGAA